AUGGACCUGGGUCGAGUUCUUGGGUCGGUCGCCAAACGCGUGCUCGAUGGCGCGCAAUCCACCCUGCUUUGGAGCAGUGUCCAGCUCAUUUCCACUGAUAUUGCCAGGAAACUAGUGCUGUCUUCCCUGACAGGCAUCGCAAAAGGAUAUCUGGAGAUCCGCUCAUCCGAUGGCAAGGAGUGGACGUUUGGGUCUACCAAGACCGGCCCCAGUGCCUGCAUCCAAGUCCAUGAUCCGCGGUUUUGGUAUCGGAUUUUGAUAUCUGCAGACAUCGGAUUCGCAGAUUUGUUCAUGCUCGGCGAAAUCACCACCGAUCUAAAACCUGUGUUCCAGAUCUUCAUCCGCAACCAUGACAGUCUGUCCAACUUCACCACGCGCACCUCGACCAUCUUCGCCGCCGUCUCUGACCUCCUGCUCCGCACCACCGACACCAACACCGUCCAGCGCACCGCCCUCAACGUGGCCGCACACUACGACCUCUCCAACGACAUGUUCGCCGCCUUUUUGUCUCCGGACAUGACUUACUCCGGCCCCAUCUAUCUCCCCCAGUCCCACCCCGAUCACGCCCUCGACACACUCGAACAAGCGCAGUAUCGCAAACUCGACUGCAUUAUCCGGAGUCUGCACCUCGAGUCUACGGACCACCUGCUGGAAUUUGGCAGCGGAUGGGGCAGCAUGGCCAUCCGCGCCGCCAGCACCACGGGCUGCCGCGUCACCAGCAUCACACUAUCUGAGCGACAAAAGGAGCUGGCAGAGCAGCGAAUCGAAGAGGCGGGGUUGGGGGAGAAGAUCACGGUCCUGUUGUGCGAUUAUCGGUCCUUGCCGGUGCCGGAAGUCCCGUACGACAAGUUCGUGGCGAUCGAGAUGAUCGAGGCGAAUCUGAACGAGGACUUGGAGGUGAUCUGGGGUGUCGUGGAUCGGAUGUUGAAGCGGGAGGGAGGGCUGGCGUGUGUGCAGACGGUCGUGAUGCCAGAAUCGCGGUAUAUCAACCAGUUUCCCAAGGGGGAAGGGUUCAUCCCCCGCUACAUCUUCCCCGGCGGCCACAACACCAGCCUCACGCGCUUCCUGGAAGCCGUCAACAAGGGCACCCAAUGCCGGCUCAGCCUCGAAUCUCUGCAGGAAUACGACGCGCACUACGCCCGGGCGCUGGCCGAGUGGCGAGGGAGUUUUGUCGACCAGUUCGAGAGGCGGAUUGGGCCUGCACUGCGCCAGGAGUAUGGGCUGUCGGAGGCGGAGGUGCAGGUGUUCCGGCGGAAGUACGUCUACUACUUUACGUACACGGAGGCGGGAUUCAGCGAGAAGGUGCUCCAUGUGACGCAGAUGGUGUUUGCGCGGGAGGGGACGAGGGGGGUGCUGGAGGAUGUUGGGCCAUGGUCCAGGUAA